ACACAGAUCUGACGUCAGUUGAAGUUCGAUAUUUGUAAUGAUUGGUACUAAGACAACCCACAAAACUCCAUUAAUUCAUAUAACGCCAUCAACCUACUAUGUGCGCACAGUUUUUGUUUUUAUUUAAUUUUCUCGUGCACUACCCCUUUCAAAUUUAACAAUCAACCCCCGCGAUUUCGGUUUCGAUGUGAAUAAAAAUUGCCAAAUGGAUAGUACUCAAACAAACUUCGCGGUUCGUUUUUUUUAUAAUUGAGGUUUUAACGGGUUUUUAAAAUUAUUCCAAUCAGUUAAAAAAAAAAAUGAUCUCAAAGUUAACUAGGUCCAUUUGUACAGAACUCAAAAACCACACAAACAGCGUUGAUAAGGUUUUUCGAGUGUUUAAUUUGUGUAUAAUUUUUUUUGAAGCACCUGUACACAUUCUCGCCGGAAGUGAAUAAUAAAGCUAUCUUACCUUCCCGUCAUUGAAAAAGAUAAACUCCCAAGGCACAGAAAACAAAUAGCUUCCCAUAUAGAUUAAUUUUGAGAAGCAUCCUUCCUUUCUCGCAACAACUCGACAUCAUCGCGUACGUGUUUAUGUUUCCUUCCUUUCGCGAUUCGUGUUCGUGUUCAUCUCAACUCAAGGAUACCCACUACCACUCUCAUUCAUCAGCGCUCUUGUCGUAAUAAAAUUAAAAAAAAAAUACAUUUAUAUGCAAAUAGAUACAAAAAAAUUUAAAAAAAAUAUUAAAGCGGAUUACGCAAUUAUAAAAAAUUACAUCUUUUUCUGUAUUCUUCAACGUAUCUACUCAACUAACGCACUUAACUCAAUUUAUAGAGUGGAUUGAAAGUUGGAAUAUAGGGAAAAUGCAAAUAAAUAUAAAAAUACAAAUAUAAUAACUACUACUCUCUCCUUGGUCCUUAUAGUUCAUUAUUAUUUUUUGUAUCAAUUGGUUUGGAAUUAAUCAGUGAGACAUAAGAUUAAAAAAAAAAAUUAAAAAUUCUAUUAUAAUCGAUUGAGUGUGUAUUUUUAUUUAUGUGUAAAAAUAAAAUUCUAGUACAAUUUUUUAGAAAGUACUUCAACCCUCAUCCGACGACCCUUGACAUAGAUAUAGUCAGUGUAAAGUGCAUCAAAUCAUAUUCUCAUUCCUGAGCAACCAGCAGAAAUGUUUUAAUUAGCCUUAAUUCAAUCAAUUCAUCACCAGGCUAAAAGUGUAUAAUUGAGUGAUCAAUUUAUUCCUCUUGUCCCUCCAUCAUACCAACCAGUUGGUGAUUCUGAUUUAGUUCAUGAUUACGAAAGAGUCGUUUUUUUAUUAUGGUUGUGAUGUUAAUUUAGUUUUGUUGAUACUUAUGCUUUCGGAAUGUCCUUGAAAUUUUAUAGUGUAGUAUAUUUUGAUAUACGAUAUUGUAUGCAUACUAAAAGGAUCAAUCUUUUGCUAUCUUAAUAAAUAUUGAAAGUGAAUAAAAUAACACGAUUGCCAAAAAAAAAAAAAUAAAAACGUCACAUAAUUGUGUGAAUUUUUGCAUGUGAAAAAGUGAUUUAGUCCAAAGCAUAUAUAAGAAAAAUUCAAUCUUGUUCAAAGGAAACAAAAAUGAGAUAAAAAUAAAUAAAUAAAAAAAUAUCACAAAAUCAAUAAAAAAAAAUAAAUACCCAUCAGUGAUAAAACGUUCGUGACUAAGAAAAAGGAUACAUCAGGAAGCUAUAAAAAAAAAAUAAGAAUAGCUUACACAUUCUUUCAUUCAACUUGAUUUACUUCGAAAAUACCAUCAAGAUAAGCUUUCUCUGCCUCUACGUGGAUAAUAAAUAAAAGGAUAUAUUCUUUAUGAAAGACGAAUAUUUUCCUGUUUCUUAAAGGUGAGGGCAAAAAUUUUUUUACGGAUGAAUUGAGAGAUAGUAACAACUGUUCAUCAUUACUAUUACAUCAGCAAGCUUUUAAAUGGCUGGUUAAACACAGCGUUCCCUUCAAGCAGUUGGCUAGCUACUCAAGCGCUCCAAAACUCACACAAACAAACAAAAAAGAAGUGACUAACAUGGCAAUUGUCCUGAAGACCCUUUUAAAUUUCUCUCAAGUGCUAUGUCGUUAGGAAACAACAACAACUCGAAAGUUAGAGCUUCAAAGUAGAACACGACACGAAGACUCUAUACCACAAAAACUGAUUUUGUUUUUCCUCAACUCGAAGGAAGUAUGGGGCUUUGCAGACUGAAACUGGGCUGAACUCUCUCGUUCGUUUCCCAGUAAGGACGAAUAUAUUUUCGAUGUGUCCAGAACUUCGUGUAUGUGUUUCUGUCCGAUUUCUUCCGUCGUUUUCUACAUCCGCAUCGUACUCUAUUCGGUAGAAUAAAAUCAAAAAAAAAAAAAAAAAAUCAAGGAUUAAGUGGAUUUAGUUGCAUCGCCUUACUAUCGAAAACCGCAGCACACACAUAGUAUGAAAUUGUAAUGAAUGUCCUCCGCUGCUAAAUUGAGAAAGGCAAAAGUGGCAGCAACGUGUGCGACACCAGCAGUGACGACGACGCUGACGCCGAGUCAAAUAGAAGAGCAGCAUCAACGAGAACUAUUGCUGCUGCGUCGAACGAACAAGGGUGACCAUCAGGACGACGACGACGAAGAAGAAGACGCCUUUAAAGGAGGAAGCUUUAACCACAGCAGAAUCCUUGCCGAGGAAGCUAAAUUGAAUUGCCCUUGGUGGCGAACCAUUCGCCAUAAUGGUUAUGGUUGUAGUUUACUUUUAUCUGCUUGCUUCACCGUAUAUUGUGAGAUGCGUUGGUGGCGGUAGCAGUAGGGGCAGCAAUAGUGUCAUGAGUGGAACAGCUAGUCUUAGCACUGGCAUUGGUUCCGGUUCAAAUAGUUUAAGUAGCAAUAAUCCAGGUGGUGGCAAUGGCGGUAGCAGUAAUAGCGGAAGCAACAGCAACAUUUCCGGUAGUGAUUUACCUGGUGGAGGUAGUAGUGGUCAUAGUAGUAGUAGUAGCAGUAGUAGUAGUAGCAGCAGCAGUCGCAAUAGUGGCGACAGUACGCGAAGUCGAGUUAGUAAUGACCAACAAUUACCUCCCACAUUAUCGUCCCGUAUUGUGCACACUCGAAACGGAGCCAUAUCGGGAGUAAUUGUGCAACUGGAGGGCCGUCAUUUGGAUCCGGUCGAGUCAUAUCGGGGGAUACCGUAUGCUUCGCCACCCAUCGGGAAUUUACGUUUUAUGCCACCAGUAUCAGCGGCGAUGUGGUCAGGCGUGAAAAAGGCUGACAGAUUCAGUCCCGUUUGCCCCCAACGUCUUCCUGAUAUCGCCAACGAAACAGCCGCAUUGGAUCGAAUGCCAAAAGGCCGACUUGAAUACCUAAAGCGAUUACUGCCAUAUCUUAAGAACCAAUCAGAGGAUUGCCUUUAUUUGAAUAUCUACGUACCGAUACAAGUUGGUUCCAGAGAUUCAUCUAGCAGUAACAGUGGGAGCAAUGGUGGCAGCAACAGUGGCAGUAGUAGUGGUGGUGGCAGUGGUCAAGCCAAAUAUCCAGUAUUAGUAUUUGUUCAUGGAGAAUCGUACGAGUGGAAUAGUGGAAAUCCCUAUGAUGGUUCAGUACUAGCCAGCUAUGGUCAGAUUCUCGUUGUCACAAUUAAUUAUCGACUUGGCAUUCUUGGUUUUCUAAACGCCAAUACAGAUCGAUACUCUAAGCUUCCAGCCAACUAUGGGCUAAUGGACAUCAUAGCAGCUCUACAUUGGCUAAAAGAGAAUAUUGCUGCAUUUGGAGGGGAUCCACAGAGCAUAACAAUAGCAGGACAUGGCACAGGAGCUGCCUGUGUUCACUUUUUAAUCUCAUCCAUGGCUGUACCUGAAGGACUACUUUUCAAUCGUGCAAUCCUUAUGUCUGGCUCGGGACUAACACCAUGGUCAUUGGUUGAUAAUCCAUCAAAGUACGCAGCAAUUGUUGCGCAUCAUGUUAAUUGUUCACCGGAACUGCCACACGCUCACCUCAUGAAGUGCCUGCGGGAUAAACCACUCGAUCAAUUAUUGUCGGUGCCAAUACGUGAACCUGAAUUUGGUUAUGCAUUUGGACCUAGCAUCGAUGGUGUGGUCAUCGAUGGUGGCGAGGCCGUUGCAUCAUAUGCCACAAUGGGUAGCCGUCCUGAGAAUAUUGUUCUUAUGAGGAAAACGGCCAUCAACAAAUUAUCGAGGUAUGAUCUCAUGGCAGGAGUAACACGCGCAGAAGCUUUCUUUUCAUUCAAUUCGGGAGACGUUCAAUAUGGUAUCGAAGCUGAUAGACGAUCAAAAAUUCUAAAGGCCUAUGUCCGUAACACUUAUACGUAUCAUUUAAAUGAAAUCUUUGCGACUAUUGUCAACGAGUAUACAGAUUGGGAGCGGCCAGUACAGCAUCCAAUAAAUAUCAGAGAUGAAACAUUGGAAGCACUUAGUGACGCUCAGGUUGUUGCACCAGCUGCACAAACUGUAGAUUUACAUUCAGCUGACCACAGGAAUUCCUAUUUGUACGUGUUCGAUUAUCAAACCAAAUAUGGAGAUUUCCCACAGAGACAAGGAUGUAUUCACGGCGAGGAGCUGCCGUACGUUUUUGGAGCACCCCUAGUGGGUGGACUCCACCACUUUAGCAAAAACUACACAAAGUCUGAAAUUGGUCUGUCGGAAAUUGUAAUGCUGUAUUGGUCCAAUUUUGUACGAAAAGGGAAUCCAAAUGAACAAAUGGAAGGGGAACAUGGCAGCAGACAAGAAAGAAGUAGAUAUAAAACUGUUGAAUGGACUGCAUACGAAAGUGUUCAUAAAAAAUAUUUAAAUUUUGAUACAAAACCGAAAUUAAAAAACCAUUAUCGAGCGCACCGAUUAUCGUUCUGGCUGAACUUAAUACCAGAUUUACAUAAGCCGGGUGGUGAUGAUGUGCCCGCAUCGCAUCAUCAGCUUGACGAUGAUGAUCCUAUUGCCGCGCAACAAGCAGAGCCAACAGUUAAACCAUUAAAUCCCCCUCUGGGUGGUCGAACACAAUCAAACUACACCAUAUUCACGUCCCAAGUAUUUUCACUACUCAAUUUAUCAUCGCCAUCGUCCUCGUUGCACCACAACAACAGCUCCAGCAGUCGGUACAACCAAAAAGUUCCUCAUUCACUGGAUCCAAUGGAUUUGAUGGACGAAGGCGGAGGUCCGGGUGGCCAUAGUACAACAUCUCCCCAAGAGGAUGGCUUCGCUGCCUAUAGCACAGCACUUAGUGUCACAAUAGCGAUCGGCUGUAGUCUCCUAAUAUUGAACGUCCUUAUCUUUGCCGGCGUCUACUACCAAAGGGACAAGACUCGAUUGAACGAGCCCCGAAAUCAAACGAAGAAGCGCAACGAGAAUGGUCAAAUGCCUAAUAACAUUUGCGGUGACUUAGAAACGCUAACAAUACACACAAAGAGUGAUCCAGGCACAAUGUUGGGCCACCAUCAUCCCAUGCAACAUCAUCAACUUCCUCCGCCAGAAUUCGCCGACAUUCCACACCGAGCGCCACCUCCACCGAAGCACAUGAAAUCCGUUCCAGAUGGCGGUGGAGGUGGUGGUGGCGGAGGCGGAAUGAUGCCACCCUCGCAUGCCUUACAAGUUAUGGGCAAUCAGUGUGGGACGUUAACAAAAAAAAGUUGCAUGAAACAGUCAGGGAUGAGCAACCAAAGUAAUCAGACGAACCAAAGUAUCAUGGAUGAACUAAGAGUGUGACAUUAAUUAACCGUACGUUUUAAAUGUGAUUUGUAACUGAUUAUCUUAAUUUUUCAACAAAAAAAAAAGAAAUAAUUUUAAUUUGUACAGAUUUAUUUUGUUUUAAUUUUUGUUUAUAUAGAAAAUUUAUAGAUUUCGACUGUAAAUUGUUAUAACAUAAAAGUAGUGAGAUAAAAACAAAAAAUGUGAAUUUUUUUUAUGGGGUAAUACUGUUAGUCAAAUUAUUGUCACUUAUAAAACAUAAAUCAUAACUCCUUGUCUAAAAUUUAGGUAGAUAUUUGUGAAAUGUUUAUAGGUUAUUUAUAUAAUUUUGAGUUAUUUAAUAAUUCGAGUGAAUAUAAUGUUUGUAUGUAUAACAAAAUGUUGUAAAUAUAAAUUUAGAAGGAUUUAAUAAUUCAGUGUUUAGUGAAAAAAAAAACGGACAGGAAGUUUGAUUCUUUAAGUUCAUUAUAAAUUAUAUGGGUUUAAGUUGAAAUUAGGAAAAUGUUAAACAACACAUUUAAAUUUUUAAAAAUUGGAUUGAUUUAAAAGUUUCUCGUAGAACUACUAUCUACUUUUUUGUGUAAGCUUGAGUAUCGCUUGAGUCUUAGAAAAGGUUUAUUUGCUUAUUUUGACGUUUUAUUUCACGAACUUAAUACACAUCGCUUUAUUAAGAAUUUUUAAUUUCACUA